GCGGUUGGUUCCAGCAAAAAGUAUGAUGAAACACGAGACGGGUGUCACUAUCUACAUGCCCCUUCUUCAUUGCUCGCCACGUUUAUCUCGGGACAAUCAAAUCCCGCCACGUAGUCCCCUCAAGAAUUAAAAACGCCGGCAAAACCAACAACACAGCUUCCGAGUUCCGAUUACUCUAUAACCCUCGAUGGAACCACAGAGCUUGCCUCAGAAAUCGUUUUUUGUUCCAUUACUUGCCUCCUAUCUUCGUAUAAAAUUACUUGUUAACCCUAGAGAGCUUCCAUGGAGGUGCCGAUAGGGUUUCUGGCGAAGCUGUGGAGCUUGUUGAGGUUUCUGCCUUUUUUUCUUUUGUUUUUGAUCCUCGGCCUCGUCAAAGCUGCACUAAUUGGACCAGUCGUGAUGGUAAUAAUUGGGAUUGGAAACUCAGCUGUGAUAAUUGGACUUUGGCCUGCACAUGUUAUCUGGACUUACUAUUGUGUGGCAAGAACCAAGAAACUAGGGCUGUUGCUAAAGAUUGUGGUGCUAGUAUUGUUGCCGUUUCCUCUGCUUCUUUGGCCGAUCAUUGGAAUUGUUGGUAGCUUUCUCGGUGGGAUAGGAUAUGGGUAUUUUGCUCCACUUAUUGCAACCUUUGAAGCUGCUGGACCGAAUUUUGCGCUGAAAUGUUACCACUGCUUUGCUGAUGGAUGCUUGUCCACUAUUAAAGGGAGUUGCACAGCAGUGUGGGACUUUACAGAUUUCUGUUUCCAUUCUUAUUUCUCCUACAUGGAUGAACUAAUUGAGAAAUUGUCGGUUGAUGAGAGGCCUAUGGAUAUUAAGUUGUCGAGGUUGCCAAGUUGCUUGUUGGUGAUCAUGAUUGGCAUGCCAGUGGAUGUACUUUUGAUAACAUCUGUAGCUUUGUGGAAAAGCCCCUACAUGCUGAUUAUAGGAUGGAAAAGGCUGUUUGAAGAUUUGAUUGGCAGAGAAGGUCCAUUUCUAGAAACUGUGUGUGUUCCAUUUGCUGGUCUUGCUAUCAUCUUAUGGCCAUUGGCGGUAGUGGGAGCAGUUUUAGGUGCCAUUAUCUCAAGCUUUUUUCUCGGACUUUACGGCACAGUUAUCGUCUAUCAGGAAGAUUCUCUCCUCAUGGGACUUGCCUAUGUCGUCUCUGUGAUUUCACUAUUUGAUGAAUAUGUUAAUGACUUACUUUACUUGAGGGAAGGAUCCUGCCUGCCAAGGCCAAAAUACCGUACAAACAUGGGCCCCAACCAUGAGCGACUAAUAUCAUGUGAGAAUGAUAACAAUGACUUGAAGGGCAGAAGAGAAGGCUCACUUGAUUUAAAACUAGUUUCAGAAAGGUCAAGAACAUUGAAGUGUGCAAUCCAGCAGUAUAAACCGGUGCAGGUGUGGGACUGGUUAUUUAAAUCCUGUGAAGUGAAUGGUAGGAUACUCCUCCGUGAUGGCCUGUUGAAUAUAAAGGAUGUCCAGGAAUGUAUCGUGAAAGGCGACUGUAAAAAGUUGGGCGUCAAACUCCCUGCUUGGUCAAUAAUGCAGUGUCUGCUGGUAUCAGCCAAGUUCAACUCAUAUGGUUUGGUGAUUGCUGAUGGUGUUGAGUUAACAAGGGCUAACGGGCCAAGGGAUAACUUGUUUGAGUGGUUCAUUGGACCCCUCUUGAUCAUGAAAGAGCAAAUAAAGAACCUUCAACUAAAUGAAGAUGAAGAGAAAUGCCUAAGAAAGCUAAUCAUGGAGGCCAAAAAUAAAACCCCCGAGGACUGGGAUGACACUAGAUUUCCUUCUAGUGAUAAUAUCAGGAGAGCACAGCUUCAAGCAAUAAUUAGAAGGUUGGAGGGAAUAGUGGCCUCGAUGUCCCGAUUUCCAACAUUUCGACGUCGCUUUAGGAAUUUAGUGAAGAUGCUGUAUAUAGAAGCGCUCCAGGCCAGUGCAUCAGCUAGUGAUAUUGCGGGAAUCUCAAAAUCCAAAAACGUCGUAAAAAACUUGAAUAGAAAAGGAACAGAUGUGGCAGCAAAUAAGGCGGGGGACGAAGCAAACAACAGUGAGGGUAUGGUGUAGAUGUGAAUCAUAGAGUUGAAAUUUCUCACAGGAUGUUGGGUUUGGCUGUGGAUACUCCGUACUCUGCAAGUCUUCUUGUAGAACAUGUCAGGGCAAAAGGAUUGCAUAAUGGAAGUCUGAUCAUCAAUGUGAAGGAACGGCCAUGCCCUUGUUUGCUGUCUCAUUCUCAUUUCAUAGGGUUGGUGCUCAGGAGUAAGAGCCAUACUUACACAUCUUCAGUGCUUACUGGUUAAUUGUGUAUUUGCUUCAGCUUGUCAGUACAAAAUAGCUCAUUUUCUACUA